AUCCCCUUCUUCCUCCCCAAAUCCCACCGCCGACGCAGCCAAUGCGGCCACGGAGAACCUAGCCGCGCCUCGCCAUGCCGCCGCCCCACCCCUCCACCCUCUUCCUCCCCCUCCUCCUCCUCCUCCUCGCCGUCCACCUCCCGCCCACCACCGCCGCCGCCUCCUCCUACCGGCGCAUCUCGUGGGCGAGCAACCUCACGCUCCUGGGCUCCGCCUCGGUCCUCCCUGGCGGGGUCGCCGUCGCGCUCACCACCAACUCCAGCGACGGCAUCGGCGCCGGCCGCGCCCUCUUCUCGGAGCCCGUGCGCUUCCUCCUCCCGCGCCCCGACCCGGGCGCCGCCCCGGCGCAGGCCUCCUUCUCCACCCGCUUCACCUUCCGCAUCACCCCGUCGCCCUCCUACGGCGACGGGAUCGCCUUCGUCCUCACCUCCUCGCGCGCCUUCCUCGGGGCCUCCAACGGGUUCCUCGGCCUCUUCCCCUCCGCCUCCGCCUCCGCCUCCGCCUCCGACGACGACGGCGAGCCCGCCGACGUGCACACCGUCGCCGUCGAGCUCGACACGCACCGCGACGUGGCGCUGCGCGACCCCGACGGCAACCACGUCGCGCUCGACGCGGGCUCCAUCUUCUCCGUCGCGUCCGCGAGCCCGGGCGUCGACCUCAAGGCCGGCGUGCCCAUCACCGCCUGGAUCGAGUACCGCGCCCCGCGCCGCCGCCUCCGCGCUUGGCUCUCCUACUCGUCGUCCCGCAAACCCGACAAGGCCGCGCUCUCCGUCGACGUCGACCUCUCCGGCCUCCUCCUCACGUACAUGUACGCCGGCUUCUCGGCGUCCAAUGGCGAAGGGGCAGCGCUUCACGUCGUCGAGAGCUGGACCUUUCGCACCUUCGGCUUCCCCAACACCUCGCACGCCUCGGCUUCCCCAAUUCCUUCGCCACCGCCCAAGGACCAGGCGUCGCUCAAGAGCCCACUGCCGCUGCCGCUUCCAAAAAAUCACCACCACCAUAACCUGUUCUACACGGUGCUGGGCGGAGCUCUCGGUGGCGUGGUCUUGCUGGUUCUUGUGGUCAUCAGCUCUAUUCUAUGGAUUCGCCAUCCAAAGCGCCGCACAAGUGAAAAACCUGCUGUGCUGUUCGACGACAAGAACUUCCGUGGGAUGCUGUCCAUGGAGGUGGUACGCGCAGCAACAAAGGACUUCGGCAGUGAAAAUGUGAUCGGCAUUGGUGGCUCUGGCGCGAUUGUGUUUCAGGGGGUUCUCCCUUCUGGGUCAAGGGUUGCUGUCAAACGGUUCCAAGCUAUGUGGCCGUGCUCAAAGGCGUUUCUGAGUGAGCUUCGUGCCAUGCUUGAUUGCCCACACGACCCCAAUCUCGUGCCACUCUUGGGAUGGUGCUCCAGUGAGCAUGACCUGGUUCUUGUUUACGAGUUCAUGCCCAAUGGUAAUCUUGACAGUGCACUGCACACAAAGGGUGGAGCAAUACUUCCUUGGGAGGCACGGUUUGGGGCGGUGCUUGGUGUUGCAUCAGCACUUACAUUUCUGCAUGAUGAAUGUGAGCACCGCAUUCUUCAUCGUGAUGUCAAGUCAUCAAAUGUGCUGCUCGAUGCAGACUUCAAUGCUCGGUUAGGAGAUUUUGGUCUUGCUCGCGUGGUGAGCCAUGGCGGGGUGCCUUUGGCAACACAGCCAGCGGGCACACUGGGAUACCUCGCACCAGAGUAUGUGCAUUCAGGUGUGGCAUCAGAGCGGUCGGAUGUUUACAGCUUCGGGGUGCUUGCUUUGGAGGUGGCCACUGGCCGGAGACCAACGGAGAAGGGAACCGCAGUUGUUGACUGGGUGUGGAGUCUCUGGGGUCGUCGGAGGCUGGUUGAUGCAGCAGACCAGCGGCUUCAAGGCCGGUUUGUCGCGGAGGAGAUGCGGCGGGUGUUGCUUGUGGGCCUCUGCUGUGUGCAUCCGGACUGUAGGAAGCGGCCUGGUAUGCGAAGGGUGGUCAGGAUGCUUGAUGGUAGUGCACCCAUGACACUGGUGCCAGAUAAGAAGCCACCAGUUGUACUGAAGUCACCACUAAAUCAAACAUCGUCAGUGAACACCAUGGAUACCAUGAAUACUGCAUUUUACAGUUGUCGCUAGACGUGCAUACAAGGUACCAUGCUUAAACAAGUCGCGUCACACGUGAACCCAUGUCGCCAUUGCUACACCAUGUGAUGAGAGAUCGAGACGAUCCAUUGUUGUCGCCUCAAAGCUUCUGAGGUGGGGCGUGCCCUGUACAAGGUGAACCGAACAGCUCCUGGUGUUGCCGGACAUUCUCUCCGUCUGGACUUAAGAAAGGUGACUCGUGCAGCGGCGGCCGCGGCGCCGUGUCUUUGGACCGCUGCCUGGUGGCCUGGAAUGGCGGCGGUGCAACGGAUCAAGCCCCGCCAUGGCAAAUGCAUGCGAGCUUUCAAUGUGUACGGAACUUUCUCCUCUCAACUCAUAGCUCCACAUACUGUAGCUGUGUUUUGUUCGUGUAUAUAGUACAUGCUAUGGCUGUUCAUUUCGCUCAUACUGUA